AUGGAUAUAACCAUUAGAUAAAAAAACAUAAGAUCAUAUUAAACUGUUAUAUAUGAUAUGCACGAAUAUUAAAAUACUUAUUUAGCAUAACUUAAAGAAAUCAUGAAAGAAAAAAAUAUCUCCACAAUUUCUACUAUUCAAAAUGAAGAAGAAUGGUUCAUACUGAUCACUAUUUCUCUAAAGAUUUGCCCCUUAAUUCUAAUAACUUAUUUCUGUUCUUGA